GAUAUGAUCGUCCGGUGGCCCUGGCGCGUUCCUCACUGCUACCACCACCAUGUCAUCGUCGUCCGCUCUCUACCGGCCCAUCUCGAGCGAUCCUGAAGCAGAAGAAAUCCGAGACGAGGUCGAAACCGUCCCCGUCCCUGGCUCUGCCCUGUACCUCCGUUUCUUUGCCUCCGGAGCGUUCGCUGACUCGAACGAAGCGCUGAAGAAUUGGUGGAUUAUCGAAUCAAAUGGAUUCAUUUUAUUCUUGGAGCCGCGACGUUGCUCCCGUGGAACGGUAUGGUCGGCGCUUGAGGCAGCGCGGCGUCGGGAGCUGAUCUGCGCCUGCAGCGAUGAUAACUGCCUUCCCCUUCUUUCUCUCUCGUCUGCAAGACUCCCCGAUCCGCGUGGCGGCCACAUCAUACAUCUCCUGCUCAUUCACGUUCUCCAACUUCAUCUUCCUCGCAAGGGCCACCGUGACCUCCAAGCAGGUGUGUGUCUGUGUACGCCUCCGGGCGCGAGCCCAGUCGCAACUCACGACAUCUUCCACCAGACUUCCCCUUCAAGACGUGUCUCCUUCUCCACAUUGGCUCUGGCUGUGCUCACGAUGCUUCUCACGCUAAGCACGUUCACGCGGGAUGUCACACCCGCGGUGUUCUUUGCCUUCGUGCUUGCCAACGGCAUACUCCAGGCCUCAUUCGGCGCGCACCUGCAGACAGCCAUAAUCGUCAUCGCCUCGCUCUUCGGACCCGCGGCGGUCCAGGCGACCAUGGCAGGCCAGGCGGGCGUCGCAGUGGCCGUGAGUUCCGUCCAGUUCCUCAGCGCCCUCGCCUUCGUCUGGGGCCAGUCGCCCAAGAGCCUGGAGACGUAUGUGAGCGACGGCGAGCCCGAGGCGCGGUCCGCGAUGAUCUUCUUUGGGUUGUCGACCGUGUUUCUCGUCUUUACGGUCGCCGCGAAUGCUUGGCUCGUGAACAUGCCUGCCUACAGGACCAUUGCGGGAUCGCUGGAGCACAGGAAGGAUGGCACCGGGAGCGCGGACGAGCUUCGCGGCCUUGUUUCAAGCGGCCGAGUUGAGCUUGUUGAAGAGAAGGGACAUCUUAUCCGGAUCGCGAAAGUCAAUGCGCCGUACGAAUUGGCCGUGUGCUGCGUUUUCCUCGUCACAUUGGCCUGCUUCCCUGCGAUCACGACAUCCGUCAUGCCCACAAAUCCCAAGACGCACCCGCUGCUGUUCAGUGCGCUGCAUUUCCUAAUCUUCAACGUCGGUGAUUUCGGUGGAAGAUAUCUGUGCUCUUUCCCGCGGUUGCUGAUCUGGUCGGCGAAUCGUUUGCUGACGCUGUCCUUCGCGCGGGCUCUGUUCGUUCCGCUAUUCCUCAUGUGCAAUGUGCAGUCGCAUCCUGGAGCAACAAACCCGUCGGCACCGAUCAUCAAUUCGGAUGUCAUGUUCUUCCUACUCUUGCUUCUGUUCGGCGUAUCGAACGGCUAUGUAUCGAGUCUCUGUCUGAUGGCCGCUCCUUCGCUCGAACACAAUCCACGGCUGAGAGGGCGCAAGGAAGAUGUCGAUGUUGCCGCUACAGUCGCCACGUUCUGCACUGUGGGAGGUCUCGUGCUGGGCAGUUUUGCCAGCUUUGCGGUCCGUGCGGCUGUCUGCGAAUGCAAUCCGUUUACAGAACAGUAGUUGCAUUGAGUGGAACAUCAUUGUACAUUAAAUUAUGUUGAAUAGAUAGACUGACAGGUCGUAAA